GAGAGGCCUCUCGGCGUCGCUUCCGGUGCGCCGCCUCUCCACCGGCGCCGGUGGUUGCCUCUGUGUUUUCCUCCGCCGCCGUUGUCAGGAUGAGCUACGAGCAGCGGCGGGGCUGGAACCGGGGAGGCGGGCCUUCCUCCUCCGCCUCGUCGUCCUCUUCUGGCGGGGGCGGGAGAGGCGGAGGCCGGGGCCGGCCCCCUCCUCACCUGAAGGGCCGUGAGAUCGGCCUGUGGUACGCGAGGAGGCAGGGCGAGAAGAGCAAGGAGGCCGAGAGGCAGCAGAGAGCUGUGGUGCGUAUGGAUGAGCGGCGAGAAGAACAGAUUGUACAGUUGUUGAACAGUGUUCAGAAUAAAAAUGAAAAAGAGCAAGAAGCCUCGUCUUGGUGGUCUGAUGAAGAAAGGGACACAAAAGAGCCUCCUGCCAAACCAACCCCCCCUGUUGUGGAGAAACCUGUUGUGGAAAAACCUCCUGAAAGAACUAGGCGAACCUUUGAAAAAACAUUCCUAGAUCAGGAUUCAGAAUUUCUUCUACAAGAAAAUAAGCCAGAUGUUAAUUUAGAUGAGCAACUCAAAGAAGACAUGAUAAAGAAGAGGAGUAGUGCCAGAUAUAUUGAGAUGCAGAGAUUUCGAGAGAAACUGCCUUCUUAUGGGAUGAGGAAGGAGCUUGUAAACCUUAUAAACAGCAGUCAAGUUACCGUUAUAAGUGGUGAGACUGGAUGUGGAAAGACUACCCAAGUUACUCAAUUCAUUUUGGAUGACUAUAUUGAUAGAGGGAAGGGUUCUUCCUGCCGGAUUGUAUGUACUCAACCUAGGAGGAUCAGUGCUAUUUCGGUAGCAGAAAGAGUUGCAGCCGAAAGGGCUGAGGCAUGUGGUAAUGGAAGGAGCACCGGGUAUCAAAUUCGUCUUGAAAGUCGGUUACCAAGGAGACAAGGUUCAAUUUUGUACUGCACAACAGGAAUUGUCCUACAGUGGCUCCAGUCAGACAAGCAGUUGUCCAGUGUAAGUCAUGUAAUCCUUGAUGAAAUCCAUGAGAGAAACCUACAAUCAGAUGUUCUAAUGACAAUCAUUAAAGAUCUCCUAAGUAUACGGCUAGACCUGAAAGUAAUACUGAUGAGCGCUACACUGAAUGCUGAGAAGUUUUCAGAAUAUUUUGACAAUUGUCCUAUGAUCCACAUUCCUGGUUUCACCUACCCUGUCAAGGAAUACCUUUUAGAAGAUGUAAUAGAAAUGCUUAGGUACAUUCCAGAAGACACAGAUCGCAGGCCACAUUGGAAGAAGAGGUUUAUGCAAGGACGUAUAAGCAGGCCAGAAAAAGAAGAGAAAGAAGAAAUUUAUCAAGAACGAUGGCCAGAUUAUUUAAGGCAGAUUAGAGGACGGUAUUCAGAAAGUACAAUUGAUGCACUUGAGAUGAUGGAUGAUGAUAAAAUUGACCUCAAUUUGGUUGCUGCACUGAUCAAAUAUAUUGCCCUUGAGGAAGAGGAAGGUGCAAUACUGGUAUUUCUUCCUGGAUGGGACAACAUUAGCACUCUAAAUGACCUUCUUAUGUCUCAAAUUAUGUUUAAAUCAGACAGAUUCAUUAUCAUUCCUUUGCAUUCAUUGAUGCCUACUGUUAACCAGACUCAAGUCUUUAAGAGAACCCCUCCUGGAGUCCGUAAAAUUGUAAUUGCUACCAACAUUGCUGAGACCAGUAUUACAAUAGAUGACGUGGUGUAUGUUAUAGAUGGAGGGAAGAUAAAAGAAACUAAUUUUGAUACACAGAACAACAUUAGCACAAUGGCUGCCGAGUGGGUGAGCAAAGCAAAUGCCAAGCAAAGGAAAGGUAGAGCAGGAAGAGUCCAGCCAGGUCAGUGCUAUCACUUGUACAAUGGUCUUCGUGCAAGUCUGCUAGAAGAUUACCAGUUGCCAGAAAUCUUAAGGACACCUUUGGAAGAACUUUGUUUGCAAAUAAAGAUUUUAAAGCUGGGAGGUAUUGCUCACUUUCUGAGCAAGGUAAUGGACCCACCAUCAAGUGACACGGUGUUGCUGGCCAUAAAGCAUCUCAUGCAACUGAAUGCAUUGGAUCGGCAAGAAGAAUUGACUCCCCUUGGAGUCCAUUUGGCCCGGUUACCAGUAGAGCCUCACAUAGGAAAGAUGAUUCUCUUUGGAGCUUUAUUCUGUUGCUUAGAUCCGGUUCUCACUAUUGCAGCCAGCCUCAGCUUCAAGGAUCCUUUUGUUAUCCCCUUGGGUAAAGAAAAAGUAGCAGAUGCGAGAAGAAAAGAACUAUCAAAGAAUUCAAAAAGUGACCACCUCACAGUUGUGAAUGCUUUUAAGGGCUGGGAAGAAACUCGGCGACGUGGCUUCCGAUGUGAAAAGGACUUCUGCUGGGAGUAUUUUCUUUCUCCAAAUACUUUGCAGAUGCUGGCUAACAUGAAAGGGCAGUUUGCUGAGCACCUGCUUGCAGCUGGGUUUGUGAAUAGUAGAAGCCCCAAAGAUCCUAAAUCGAACAUUAACUCAGACAACGAGAAGUUACUCAAAGCUGUUAUCUGUGCUGGCUUGUAUCCAAAGGUUGCAAAAAUUCGAGCAAAUUUCAGCAAAAAGAGAAAAAUGGUUAAAGUUUCCACUAAGACAGAUGGGUCAGUUAACAUCCAUCCCAAAUCUGUGAACGUCGAGGAGACAGAGUUUCAUUACAACUGGCUUGUUUACCAUUUGAAAAUGCGGACCAGUAGUAUAUACUUGUAUGAUUGCACAGAAGUCUCGCCAUAUUGUCUUUUGUUCUUUGGGGGAGAUAUUUCUAUACAGAAAGACAAAGAUCAAGAUACAAUUGCUGUGGAUGAAUGGAUUGUCUUUCAGUCUCCAGCAAGAAUAGCUCAUCUUGUCAAGGACUUGAAAAAAGAAUUGGAUGACCUUCUACAAGAGAAGAUAGAAAACCCCCAGCCUGUGGACUGGAACAGUAAUGAAUCCAGGGACACUGCAGUGCUGACAGCCAUUAUAGACUUAAUCACAACACAGGAGAAUGAAAGUGCCAGAAACUUUGCCCCUCGCUUCCAGCAUGAACAAUACAGUUAAUACUGUUCCUUCAUGGCUGCAGAGGUGACAGCUCCACCAGAUUUUUGAUGUUGUUUUGGCUUCCUUUGGGCAUCUUGGAAUUCCAUUUUUAGUGUCAGUAGUUUCUGAUGGCUUUGUAUAUCGCAUGCAGUGUAUAAAAGUAAUUGUUUACAUAAUUGCUAUUGCUGCACAGGCCAUUGUAUUUUGGUGUACGUGUUGUACCUGGAUGCUGCUGCUUGUGGACUGUAAUCUUUCUGAGGUAAAUGCUGGAUGAAAUGGAAAA